UGGGCUUUUAUCCCAAUAAAAUUCACCCCCUACCCCUCUUCCCCACACUCAUCACCGGCUCUCUCUCUUCGACCUCGCAAAUUCUCCCUCCCACUCGCUCACCUCCUUCCAAACUCAACCACCGACGACACCAGCAAUCCUAAUUUCCGCUGCAACGCCUCCAUCGAAAAAGAGAGUCAGUGAGAGAGUCGUCGAACCCAUUUUCCACAAUAUAUAUCAGAUAUAUCUGAGGUGUUUGCCCGACGGAAACCUUGUGUGGGAGCCCUUUUACAGGCAUUAGAAUAUUGUUAGCUUAGCCUCUUUAUCCACUUGAGGAGGAAAAGAAGAAAAAAGGGUUUGUCGUACUUUCCUUCCUCUCUUUUCUUGCCAACUCCUCGAAGGAUGCCUCGCGCUUCAUCAAAGAAAACGGGACAAUCUAAUUCCUCUGCCGUUAACGCCUCCGGUGAUCUCUUCCGCUCCGCUUCAAAUAAAGCUAGUUCAAAGGAGCUGGAAAGAAUUGAUCAAUUUUUCUAUACAUAUGCUAAUAAAUCGUCGGGUAUGAUUGAUCCGGAAGGUAUAGAGCUUUUGUGUUCAGACCUGGAAGUCGAUCAUACAGAUGCUAGAGUAUUAAUGCUUGCUUGGAAAAUGAUCGCUGAGAAACAGGGUUACUUCACUCUGGAAGAGUGGCGGAGAGGCCUCAAGGCGUUGCGGGUUGAUACAAUUGCAAAAUUGAAGAAGACACUCCCUGAGCUUGAGAAAGAGGUUAGGAGGACAUCAAAUUUUGUAGACUUCUACCAGUAUGCGUUCCGUUACUGUCUGACAGAGGAGAAGCAGAAGAGUAUUGAUAUUGAAAGCAUCUGUCAAUUGUUGGAUCUUGUAUUAGGAUCCCAAUUCAGAGCCCAAGUUGACUACUUUAUUGAAUAUUUGAAAGCUCAGACUGAUUACAAGGUCAUAAACAUGGACCAGUGGAUGGGAUUUUACCGGUUCUGCAAUGAGAUAAGUUUCCCAGACUUCAGCAACUAUGAUCCAGACCUUGCUUGGCCUUUGAUUUUGGACAACUUCGUUGAUUGGAUGCAAGCAAAGCAACACUAAAUCAAUUUCUAUUAGCAAAUAUCGCUGCUGUGAGAAUCAACUAUUACCGUCUCUCCCAUGGAGGUACAAACGAUUUCAUUUAUCCCAACAAAAGAAGCGUGAUAGUAGACUGGUGUUUACUUUUGUAAAAGUGCUCAUUUUUUUUUAUUUGGAUGUGGGAAUGCAGGAAAGAACUUCGAAAUGGUUAUCAUUAUUAGACCACAGCUAUAGAAACUUGGAUUAAUCUUUUUUCAAUUUGCCUACCAUCCAACUCAUGAGAAGUUAUAAUUGCUGGAUAUAUAUUCUUGAAUCUUGACGUGUAGUCAUUUCAUCUAUAGUGCCUCAUUUACUCCGAACAUAUGUUUCAAACUCAUUUUUUAUACGGUUGUUAAUAUUCAUAUUGCUACUCUUCGUUGAAAA